GCCCCCCCUCCCCUCCCACGCACCCCCCUGCUACGUCAGAAGCUCCCGGGCCAGCUCCGAGUCCUGUCGGUGGGGGCAGCAGGAUGCUGGUGGAAGCAGAGGGGACAGGCCGGGUGCCUCCGCAGCUCGGCUGUCAGGGCCCGGCGGGGCGUGUGCGGCUGCUGGUGCGCGCCCCCCAGCCCCACGCCUCCCCAUGCAGCCCUGGCAGUGCCUCCGGCGCUUUGCCCUGGCCUGGUGGGAGAGGACGGCGGAGGGCAGAGCCCGCUCUCCCAGGGAGGAGGCUGGACCGAGGGACCCUGGGGGCCGAGGGGAGCCAGGGCUCCAGCGUGCGGCGGGAGGGAAGCCUCCAGGACUCUGUUCCCUCUGUUUAAAGUCUCCAGAUCCGGAGCGGAGCAGCCCCCCCAUGCUGUCUGCGGACGAUGCGGAGUACCCGCGGGAGUACCGGACCCUGGGGGGCGGGGGCGGCGGGGGCAGCGGGGGCCGGCGCUUCUCCAACGUGGGGCUGGUGCACACGUCCGAGCGGCGGCACACGGUGAUCGCGGCCCAGAGUCUGGAGGCGCUCAGCGGGCUCCAGAAGGCGGACGCCGACCGCAAGCGUGAUGCCUUCAUGGACCACCUGAAGAGCAAGUACCCGCAGCACGCCCUGGCCCUGCGAGGCCAGCAGGACAGGAUGCGAGAGCAGGUUGGCGGCUGGACCGUGGACCCCGUGUGCCUCCUCAGCUCCCUCUGCUCCCACCUCCAUGGCGACUCCGCCCCCUCCGGGGCUGGCCAGCCGGCCCAGCAGCCAAACUACUGGAGUUUCAAGACCCGCAGCUCACGCCACACUCAGGGAGCCCAGCCCGGGCUGGCAGACCAGGCGGCAAAGCUGUCGUACGCCUCGGCCGAGUCGCUGGAGACCAUGUCGGAGGCCGAGCUGCCCCUGGGCUUCAGCAGGAUGAACCGCUUCCGACAGAGCCUGCCUCUCUCCCGCUCGGCCAGCCAGACCAAGCUGCGCUCCCCAGGGGUGCUGUUCCUGCAGUUCGGGGAGGAGACUCGGCGCGUGCACAUCACGCACGAGGUCAGCAGCCUGGACACGCUGCACGCACUCAUCGCGCACAUGUUCCCGCAGAAGCUCACCAUGGGCAUGCUUAAGUCGCCCAAUACCGCCAUCCUCAUCAAAGACGAGGCUCGCAACGUCUUCUACGAGCUGGAGGACGUCCGGGACAUCCAGGACCGCAGUAUUAUCAAGAUCUACAGAAAGGAGCCCCUCUAUGCUGCCUUCCCUGGCUCACAUCUCACCAAUGGGGACCUCCGGAGAGAGAUGGUGUACGCAUCGCGGGAGUCGUCGCCCACGCGGCGCCUCAACAACCUGUCGCCAGCGCCGCACCUGGCGUCCGGCUCGCCGCCGCCCGGGCUGCCGUCGGGGCUGCCAUCCGGGCUGCAGUCCGGUUCGCCGUCGCGCUCGCGCCUCUCGUACGCCGGGGGGCGCCCGCCCUCGUACGCCGGCAGCCCGGUGCACCACGCGGCCGAGAGGCUGGGAGGCGCCCCGGCCGCCCAGGGCGUCAGCCCCAGCCCCAGCGCCAUCCUGGAGCGGCGCGACGUGAAGCCAGACGAGGAUCUGGCGAGCAAGGCGGGCGGCAUGGUGCUGGUGAAAGGCGAGGGCCUCUAUGCUGACCCCUACGGGCUGCUGCACGAGGGCCGUCUGAGCCUGGCCGCGGCCGCCGGCGACCCGUUCGCCUACCCGGGAGCCGGCGGCCUCUACAAGCGCGGCUCGGUGCGCUCGCUCAGCACCUACUCGGCCGCCGCGUUGCAGUCCGAUCUGGAGGACACCCUGUACAAGGCGGCGGGCGGCGGCGGCCCGCUGUACGGCGACGGCUACGGCUUCCGCCUACCGCCUUCGUCACCGCAGAAGCUGGCCGACGUGGCAGCGCCCCCCGGAGGCCCCCCGCCGCCGCACAGCCCCUACUCGGGGCCGCCCAGCCGCGGCUCGCCAGUGCGCCAGUCCUUCCGCAAGGACUCGGGCUCCUCGUCCGUCUUCGCCGAGAGUCCUGGAGGGAAGACCCGCAGCGCGGGGAGCGCCUCGACGGCCGGAGCUCCCCCUUCGGAGCUCUUCCCUGGGCCUGGGGAACGCUCGCUGGUUGGGUUCGGGCCGCCAGUGCCAGCCAAGGACACGGAGACCAGGGAGCGCAUGGAGGCCAUGGAGAAGCAGAUUGCCAGCCUCACAGGCCUGGUGCAGAGCGCCUUACUGCGAGGCUCUGAGCCUGAGACCCCCAGCGAGAAGAUUGAAGGCUCCAAUGGAGCAGCCACCCCCUCAGCACCCUGUGGGUCAGGCGGCCGGAGCAGCGGGGCCACCCCGGUGUCCGGCCCGCCCCCGCCCUCGGCCAGCAGCACCCCUGCAGGGCAGCCUACCGCCGUUAGCCGGCUGCAGAUGCAGCUUCACCUGCGAGGCCUGCAGAACAGCGCCAGUGACUUGCGCGGCCAGCUCCAGCAGUUGCGCAAGCUCCAGCUACAGAACCAGGAGUCGGUGCGCGCGCUGCUGAAGCGCACGGAGGCAGAGCUGAGCAUGCGCGUGUCGGAGGCGGCGCGGCGGCAGGAGGACCCGCUGCAGCGGCAGCGCACCCUGGUGGAAGAGGAGCGGCUGCGUUAUCUCAACGACGAGGAGCUUAUUACCCAGCAGCUCAAUGACCUGGAGAAAUCGGUGGAGAAGAUCCAGAGGGACGUGUCCCACAACCACCGGCUGGUGCCCGGCCCUGAGCUGGAGGAGAAGGCACUGGUGCUGAAGCAGCUCGGGGAGACGCUGACAGAGCUCAAGGCUCACUUCCCGGGCCUGCAGAGCAAGAUGCGGGUGGUGCUUCGCGUGGAGGUGGAGGCGGUGAAGUUCCUGAAGGAGGAGCCCCAGCGCCUGGAUGGGCUCCUCAAGCGCUGCCGCGGGGUCACGGACACGCUGGCCCAGAUCCGAAGGCAAGUGGAUGAGGGUGUGUGGCCACCCUCCAACAAUCUCCUGAGUCAAUCCCCCAAGAAAGUGACGGCAGAGACUGACUUCAACAAGAGCGUGGACUUCGAAAUGCCACCCCCCAGCCCCCCGCUGAACCUGCGUGAGCUGAGCGGGCCAGCUGAAGGAGCCUCUCUUACCCCCAAAGUGGGCAACCCCACCAAAGGCCUGGACACUCCUGGCAAGAGAAGCGUGGACAAAGCUGUGUCUGUCGAGGCUGCAGAGCGAGACUGGGAGGAGAAGCGGGCAGCCCUGACCCAGUACAGUGCCAAGGACAUCAACCGGCUGCUGGAAGAGACACAGGCAGAGCUGCUCAAGGCCAUCCCUGACCUGGACUGUGCCAGCAAGGCCCAUCCAGGCCCGGCCCCCACUCCAGAUCACAAGCCCCCCAAGGCCCCCCACGGCCAGAAGGCAGCCCCCCGAACGGAGCCCAGUGGGAGGAGGGGCUCAGAUGAGUUGACAGUGCCCCGAUACCGCACGGAGAAGCCCUCCAAGUCGCCCCCGCCGCCCCCUCCCCGCCGGAGCUUCCCCUCCUCCCACGGCCUGACCACCACACGCACCGGAGAGGUGGUGGUCACCAGCAAGAAGGACUCGGCCUUCAUCAAGAAGGCCGAGUCCGAGGAGCUGGAGGUGCAGAAGCCCCAGGUGAAGCUGCGCCGGGCUGUGUCUGAGGUGGCCCGCCCGGCCUCCACACCACCCAUCAUGGCCUCGGCCAUCAAGGACGAGGAUGACGAGGAUCGCAUCAUCGCAGAGCUAGAGGUGUUUGAGAGAAGCUCAGUGUCUUCCCUCCCCCCCACGCCCCGCCGCCAGCUGAUCCCCACCUUGCUGUCCCCCCAGGACCUGGGGUCCCCCGGGGGCUCAGCCCCAGGCCCUACACGGAAGAGUGGCGGAGGCAGUGUACCACCCAUGAAAGUGGUGACUCCGGGGGCCUCUCGGCUGAAGGCGGCCCAGGGCCAGGCGGGCAGCCCCGACAAAAGCAAACAUGGCAAGCAGAGGGCCGAGUACAUGCGGAUCCAGGCCCAGCAGCAGGGAGCAUAACCUUGUGGGUGUGAGCAAGCCUCGAUGAGAUCGCGCUUGUGACGAGAAUUCUAGAAGGUGAUACGUUAACAAAAAAUGAAGGUUGAAUGGAGCAAUAAAGCAACACUGGGCCUCACGUGUAUCAGUGAGAAUGCUUUCAGUUGCAAGGAACAGGAACCCUGAUUUAAAAUGGCAUAAACAAUAAGGAAAGGUAUUCUGUAACCAAGAAGGCUGGAAGCAGGGGGAUUCCAGGGUUGGUGAAUUUAGCAGCUUGAGGAUAUCAGGACCCAAGUUUCUUUGCAUUUGGUCCUGCUGUCAUUUUUAUUAUAUUAUUAUUAAUUAUUAUUAUUAUUAUUUUGAGACGUAGUCUCACUCUGUCACCCAGGCUGGAGUGCAAUGGCACAACCUUGGCUCACUGCAACCUCCGCCUCCUAGGUUCAAGCGAUUCUCCUGCCUCAGCCUCCCGAGUAGCUGGGAUUACAGGUGCUCACAACCACACCUGGUUAGUUUUUGUAUUUUUAGUAGAGACAAAAUAUUGUCUAUGUUGUCUGUGUUGGUCAGGCUGGUCUCGAACUCCUGACCUCGUGAUUCGCCCACCUCGGCCUCCCAAAGUGCUGGGAUUACAGGUGUGAGCCACCACACCUGGCCUAUUUUUUUAUUAUUAUUUAUUUAUUUAUUUGAGAUGGAGUCUCGCUGUGUCACCCAGGCUGGAGUGCAGUGGCACAAUCUUGGCUCACUGCAAUCUCCGCCUCCUGGGUUCAAGCAGUUCUCCUGCCUCAGCCUCCCAAGUAGCUGGGAUUACAGGUGCCUGCCACUGCCGCCAGCUAAUUUUUGUAUUUUUAGUAAAGAUGGGGUUUCACCAUGUUGGCCAGGCUGGCCUUGAACUCCCGACCUUGUGAUCCACCCACCUCACCCUCCCAAAGCACUGGGAUUACGGGUGUGAACCACCGUCCCUGGCCUUCUUUUUUUUUUUUUUUUUUUUGGAGACAGAGUCUAGCUCUGUCGCCCAGGCUGGAGUGCAGUGGUGCCAUCUCUGCUCACUGCAAGCUCUGCCUCCGGGCUUCACACCAUUCUCCUGCCUCAGCCUCCUGAGUAGCUGGGACUACAGGCGUCCGCCACCACGCCCGGCUCAUUUUUUGUAUUUUUAGUAGAGACGGAGUUUCACCCUGUUAGCCAGGAUGGUCUCGUUCUCCUGACCUCGUGAUCCGCCUGCCUCGGCCUCCCAAAGUGCUGGGAUUACAGGCAUGAGCCACCGAGCCCGGUCUUAUUAUUAUUAUUUUUGAGAUAGGGUCUUACUCUGUCACCCAGGCUGGAGUGCAGUGGCAUGAUCUCUGCUCACUGCAGCCUCAACCUCUCCAAGCUCAAUCCAUUCUCCCCCCUCAGCCUUCCAAGUAGCUGGACUGCAGGUGGCGCCAUCACACCUCACUAAUUUUUUGUAUUUUUGGUAGAGAUGGGGUUUUGUCACAUUGCCCAGGCUGGUCUCAAACUCCUGACUUCAGGUGAUCCACCCACCUAAGCUUCCCAAAGUGCUGGGAUUACAGGCGUGAGCCACCACACCCAGCUUCACACAGCUGUUUUUAUUUAUUUAUUUAAAUUUUUUUUUAGAUAGAAUCUCUCGCUCUGUCACCCAGGCUGGAGUGCAGUGGUGUGAUCUCGGCUCACUGCAACCUCCACCUCCCUGGUUCAAGGGAUCUUCCUGCCUCAGCCUCCCAAGUAGCUGGGACUACAGGUGCACGCCACCAUGCCUGGUUAAUUUUUGUAAUUUUUGGUAGAGUUGGGGUUUCACUGUGUUGGCCAGGCUGGUCUCAAACUCCUGGCCUCAAGUGAUCUGACUGCCUAGGCCUCCCAAAGUGCUGGGAUUACAGGCAUGAGCCCGGCCUCACACAGCUGUUUUUAGAAGCUGGAGAAUCUUUCCCAGAAGCCUCCAACAGACCACACCUCUUAUCUCACUGCCCAUUCCUAAAUCAGUCACUGGCAAGGAGAAAGGAACUUCUCUAAUUGCCAUAGAUUUUAUCAUGAUCCCCACAUCCCCCACUUUGAGCUGGGGAAAGCCCAGCUUCUCCUGAUGGUUCCAUACCUGAUCCAGGCAGGGCUUAGCAAGGAAGGAGGGUGUGAGGGCUAGGGAGGGUGGCCCUGGGAAUGGCCCUGGAGGUGGAGCCAUCGGGGUCUGUAGAGUCAAGAGGUUCCACACUUGUCUGGACAUCUGGGCAUCAGAGUGUGAAGGGCCUCGGGAACAUGGACCCAGUGAGAGCAGGUGGCCGGCUCUGAUCCCCAGGCAAGAGGGAGGUGUGCAGGGUGGUGCCCUCUGGGACCAGCUCAGUGCUCCAUGCCUCCCCCAGCUGAAAGCUGGACAUGUGUGAGGUUUCUGCCUUGCCACGAAGGUAAUAAAGUUCUGCUUCUCUGGGCAUAAUUGGAACCAGCAGGGGAGGAUGGUGGGUGAAAGGAAAUGACAGGAACCUUCAGAGACAGCAGCUGUGUCACCUGAGAAGGGUUAGCAGCACAGGCUGGGGUCACCCGGCACAGCUGGAUGUGCUCCCUCAACUUCAGGAGAGUGGAUUGUGGAUGGUGUGGCCAGAGUCUCCCGGGAGGGAAGAUGGCCCGAGAGGAUUUUAGAAAGCACAUGCUUGCAGAAGUGGCCUCCAUGAAGAAGCGGGACGGGGACGAGGCAUCCCCGUAAACUGGUGAAGCUGGAUGUCUAAAGGUCUUGCACUGGCUGUUGGGGGGAGAAGGGGUACCUCAACUGGGUGAAGGCAUGUCACUUGCCUGAAUACAGGAGCCAGGUGGUGGUGCCGGAAGACAAGUGUUUCCAAGACCAAAGCUUGGAAUCGAAUGAAGCUCUUGAAAAAUGCUGAAGGGGUAGGAGCAGAAAAAGCAGCUUUUACCUAGAAAGAUCAGUUCAGAGGGAAAAGGACAACCAGGGAGAAUCAGCACCUUGCCGGGGGACAUGGUAAGGUGUGAAGAGACAUCAGGGGGAAGUGGGCAGUGCUUCCCUCCCACCUGGCUUUGGGGGAAAGAACUUUAAAUGGGAAAGGCUAGAGCAGAGGAGAGGCAGGACAGGACUGAGCCCAAGGUAAGUGACACAAUGGUCAGAGAGCCUCUGGUUCCUUUUGGAUGAGUUUGUCUCCAGGCCCAGGUACUGGGGGCACAGAGAGGGCAGGGGCCGUGCCUGACACAUGCUGAGGAUUGUGUGAAUCUGAUGACCCCGUGGCUGGGCCCUGGACCCCCUAGAACUCCCUUGAGUAAUGGAUGAGCAGAGGAGAGGGGUUAGAAAACCCAAACAGGGCCAGGCGCAGUGGCUCACGCCUGUAAUCCCAACACUUUGGGAGGCCGAGGUGGGCAGAUCACCUGAGGUUGGGAGUUCGAGACCAACCUGACCAACAUGGAGAAACCUCGUCUUACUAAAAAUACAAAAUUAGCCGGGCGUGGUGGCGCAUGCCUGUAAUUCCAGCUCUCGGGAGGCUGAGGUAGGAGAAUCGCUUGAACCCAGGAGGCGGAGGUUGCCGUGAGCCAAGAUUGCGCUAUUGUACUCCAGCCUGGACAACAAGAGCAAAACUCCGUCUCAAAAAAAAAAGAAAGAAAGAAAGAAAAAGAAAACCCAAAUGGGGAACUUUUGCUUUAACUUAAAUAAAUAAAUAACAAAACAAAAAAA